CGAGUUCUUUCAUUCUCACCGGAAAUGACGGCUUCUUCUUCUCUACUCUGCUGCUGUUAGCUGGCUGCUACUAGACGGACUGUCGAGAAAUCGACAAACAUAUCUGGAUCCCGUGCUUUUAUUUUGGCACUGGCGUGCAUUUGUCACCCGUCCUCAUGCCCAUGUACAAGGUGAAGCCCGUCAGUCCCGCUGACAUAAAGAUCGAUUUGCCAACGCGCAUGUACAAGUCACCGAAUAUCCACGCGCAGGGAAUGAACUGCGGACAGCACGCGCUUCAGCUGCUGUGCUCUGGAAUGAGAGGUUGGUCCUUUAGUGACUUACACUUUCAGUUUAAUACACUGCAACUAACAACGACUCUCAAGGAGAUGGAUCAUACUAGAAAGGAUGAUGAUGAUGAUAUGAACGGGGAAGUGGAUCCUGCUCUGAAGGCGCUGGAGGAGCGACAGGAUGAAGUGCUGAGAAGACUGUAUGAGAUCAAGGCAACGGUCGACGGGCUCGCAAAGACGGUGACCACUCCUGAUGCAGACCUGGACGCCAGCACACUGUCACGCGGGCCGGCUGAGUCUGUGUUCAGAGGAACGGCAGAUCUAGACUCUCUGUUGGGCAAGGACCUGGGUGCACUGAGAGACAUCGUGAUCAACGCCAGCCCUGCCUGUCCUCCUCUGUGCCUGCUGGUUCUUCAUGCUCUGUUGUGCCAGCGCUACCAGGUGCUCUCCAGUGUGCAUGUGCACUCCUCUGUGAGCGCUGUGCCCCCUCCGCUGCUGUCCUGCCUGGGCCCGCGGCACAUAGACAGCUACGCACGCCAGCGCUUUCAGCUUGGCUUCACUCUCAUAUGGAAAGAUGUGUCAGAGCUGCAGAUGAAGUUCAACACACAGAGCAUGUGCCCGAUCGAGGGGGAGGCCAACGUCGCUCGCUUUCUCUUCCGUCUUUUGGGUGGCGAACCCCAGGACCCGGUCGCCGCCACGCAGAUGGACUGCUGGAUCGACACGGCAGUUUUCCAGCUGUCCGAGGGGGGCAGUAAAGAGCGGGCGGCCGUGCUGAGGUCACUAAACGCGGCUCUGGGGCGUUCAGAGUGGCUUCUGGGUCAGGAGUUCUCUCUCGCCGACAUCGUGUGUGCCUGCUGCGUCCUGCGGGCCGGCCAGACCACCUCUGCACCAGUUAACGUACAGCGCUGGCUCAAGUCCUGCCAGAACCUGGGCCACUUCGACUGCGUGUAUCCGUUACUACAGUGACGAAAGCUGUGAGAUCGGCGCAGGUCGUACUCUAGCUGGAAACUGAUACGAAAAGGGAAAUGCAACAUGACUUCACCAAACACUGUAACAUCCCAGAAUCCAGUGUUAACUGAGCUCAGGUCUGUAAUAUGGAAUGUUUAGAAAUGAUGUUUGAACUGGAGGCGAUCUGAAACUGAUCCCAGGCCAGGGUCAUAGAUGCAAACACUCAGAGAGGGCAUUUGGGAUAAUGAUACUGUAAACACGACUCCCUCCCGCCUUGUGCCUAAUAAAACGUUGAGCUAGAAGAUGUUGUGUGUUGCUGUGACAUAAUCUAUCGGGUGUUUAAUGAAGCCUUUGAAAUUUGAACCCAAGGACCUACUGGUAUGUGACGGAUGAGAGGUGAUACUUUGUAGCUUAAAACCUAAUAAACAUUUUCAUUUCGGGUUA